UUUUUGCAUCUUGCUGAAGUCUAGAGUUUGCAGCGCUCUUUGACGACUACAUUUAUUUGAGAGUGAAAUGAAUGGAUUUUUGUCCAAAAUGAAGUUAAUAAUUUUCUUCAUCUACAUACCUUUUGUUUACUCAGCGUCGCACGCUUUCAUAACUACAUACACUGAAAUAAAUGGACAGACGAUUGCAAGAAUCCCAGAGAUUUCUUCUGUAGCUGCACUGGAUGGACGACAGAUUGAUUAUUAUGACAGUGAGAUAAAGAUGCUGAUUCCCAGACAGGACUGGAUGAAGGAGUUUAUAUCCGGAGACAGAUUUAAAGAAUACACUGAGAUCAGAGAACAAGUACAGCAGACCAACAAAAUCAACAUUACUGUUCUAAUGCAGCAAUUCAAUCAGUCACAUGGUGUUCAUACGUAUCAGAGGAUGUAUGGAUGUGAAUGGGAUAAUGAGACUGGAUACUCACGUGGGUUUGAUCAGCACGGUUAUGAUGGACAGGAUUAUGUCGCACUAGACGUGAAGCAGCUCAGAUACAUCACAGCUGUACAGCAGGGAGUAAUAACAAUGUACAAGUGGAAUAAUGAUACAGCCCAGCUUGAAUUUCUGAAACAAUACUACCAACAUGAGUGUGUUAACUGGUUAAAACAUUUCUUGAUGUUAAGAAAAGUGGAUUUGGAGAGAGCUCCUGAAGUGUCUCUGUUACAGAAGGAUCCCUCGUCUCCAGUGGAGUGUCAUGUCACAAGUUUCUACCCAUCAGUAGUCACUAUCACCUGGUUAAGAAAUGGACAGGAGCAUGAUGAGGAUGUGGAUCUUGGAGUGCUACUACCAAAUGAAGAUGAGACCUUCCAGAAGACAUCCUCCCUCAAUAUUCCACCAGACGAGUGGGAGAAGAACCAGUUUGUUUGUGAGGUACAGCACCAGGGAAGGACCUUCCGGAAGACUGCGGAUGAGAUCAAGAAUAACAACAAAUCUGUCCACUGCUGUGGUUUUAUUGAAGCUGUGAUCCGAUUGGUCCUCUCUGUUCUAGUGGGCGUGGCUACUGUCAAUAUUCUGGUUUAUGACAUCACAUCCUAAUGAGCUAAACAAGAUCAAGCACAUAUUUCCACAUCAGAAAGUAUUGAAAUUUGAAGCGGAACACUGUUCUUUACAGGUUCUUCAUAUGUGUGUGUGUGUUGUGGUGUUUUUGUGUGUGUGUGUGUGUGUGUGUCAUAAUGACUAUUUGAGUUAGCACUCUCUCUUAAUAUCAGACAGGGCCUUUAAAAAAAAUCCAGUUUGAAAGGCUAAAUUGUUAAUUUCCAUCAGAUUCAUAAAACAGAUUAAUAAAGAGACACAGAUCUCACUUAACUACUGUCCAUUUGUCAUCUGUACUUACUUGCCUUUAUCAAUAAAGUUCUCAUUCUGAG